AGCUUUGCACAACAUUGAUCGUGCUCCGGUGCCACAGGAGAGGAAAACGGUGAGAAGCCCAUGAAAAAAAAAAAAAAAACUAUUAUCUAAUCAUUCGUAACGUGCAUUCUUCGCAGCCCCUUGUUUCUUUCACUAUAUUGGAUGGACGGCAAUGAAAAAAAAAAAAAAAAACAUCAAUCUAAAGAAGAAGAAGAAGAAGAAGAAGAAGAAGAAGAAGAAGAAGAAGAAGAAGAAGAAGAAGAAGAAGAAAAAAGCUUUGGGAUCUGGAGUGGAGGUAGUUCGUUCUUCAAGCUUCCGGUAGGGAUUCUGGCAGUUGCAGGAGAUAGUUGCGACUAAUUCUGUGAGUUAGGAUUCUUUUGUGCAGAUAAAGGAAGUGGUCUUGGUAAUAAAAUGGAUGCUGCCCCGCCGUACUUCGGGGUUUCUACUGCAGCAGCAAACACCAUCGCCAUCGCGCAUACUUUUCUUCCAAAGAGGAUAAACUUUUCCUUUUUUUACAGCCCGCAUGCCUCUUGCUUUUCUACACUUCACAUCUGCAAUGACAGAGGGUGCGGGGGGGCUAACAGGCGACUGAAGGCAUAUUCUAACCAACGGCAAUCAAUAUCGACAUCAUCAUCGUCGUCGUCAUCUCUCCUAAAAAACAAAAGCAGCAGCAGCAGCAGCACUACCAGCAGUACAAGAAAGACUGUAGAAGAGCACCGCCGCCAGCAACGGCAUAAGCAAAAAAGUGGGGAAAUGGCGGCCGAGGAGUGCGUCCCAUCUGCGGAAGAGGCAUCCAUCAGCGUCCGUACGCUGUACCAGAACGGAGACCCUCUAGGUCGGCGGGAGCUCGGGAAGUGUGUCGUUCGCUGGAUCUCCCAGGGGAUGCGAUCCAUGGCUUCAGACUUGGCAUCGAUGGAGAUUUUGGGUGAGUUCUCCGAGCUGAGGCAGCGACUGGGCCUUGGCGUGGGAGCGGUGGCAACAUCAAGUGUCCCCAAUGGCAAUGGCACCGGCACAGGAAGUCUGGCCUUUGUAAUCCAAGCUCAGCCUUACCUUAAUGCAAUCCCCAUGCCCAAAGGACUGGAGGCCCUUUGCUUCAAAGUCUGCACCCAUUACCCCACCCUCUUCGAUCACUUCCAGCGCGAGCUCCGUGAUAUCCUGCAGGACCUCCAGAGAAAGUCCGUUUUCCCUGACUGGCGAGCCACCGAAUCCUGGAGGCUUCUCAAAGAAUUUGCAAGCUCAACUCAGCAUCGAGCUGCUGUACGAAAAAUGUCUGGUACAAAAAAUAUGCAUGGUGGUCUUGGAAUGCAGCUAGAGAAAGCAACAGUAGUGCAGGCCAAGAUAGAGGACUUCGUUAAUCAUAUGUCAGAACUUCUUCGUAUAGAACGGGAUGCAGAGCUAGAAUUCACCCAAGAAGAGUUGAAUGCUGUCCCUCAUCCUGAUGAGAAUUCUGAUUCGCUGAAACCGAUUGAGUAUCUUGUUAGCCAUGGGCAGUCUCAACAAGAGCAAUGUGACACAAUUUGUAAUCUCAAUGCUAUCAGCUCUUCUACUGGACUUGGAGGCAUGCAUUUAGUAUUAUUUAGAGUUGAAGGAAGCAAUAGGUUGCCCCCUACAACUCUCUCACCUGGUGAUAUGGUCUGUGUGAGAACAUGCAAUAGUAGGGGUGCUGGAGCGACUUCUUGCAUGCAAGGCUUUGUUAAUAAUUUAGGUGAAGAUGGAUGCAGUAUAACUGUGGCACUUGAAUCUCGCCAUGGAGAUCCUACCUUCUCAAAGUUAUUUGGAAAGAGUGUUCGUAUAGACCGCAUUCACGGUUUGGCUGAUGCACUAACAUAUGAGCGCAAUUGUGAAGCAUUAAUGCUUCUCCAGAAGAGUGGUUUACAUAAAAAGAAUCCUUCACUUGCAGUGGUGGCUACUCUAUUUGGAGAAAAAGAAGAUUUAGUUUGGCUGGAGGAGAACAAGAUUGUUGAAUGGAGUGAAGCAGAUGUUGAUGUUUUAAUCAGGGAGGAGAGUUUUGAUAAUUCUCAAAUAAGAGCUAUUACAUUAGGUUUGAACAAGAAGCGACCUCUCUUGGUAAUACAAGGGCCUCCUGGUACUGGAAAGACGGGUCUGCUCACAAAACUGGUUAGUCUAGCAGUUAGACAAGGUGAACGUGUACUUGUGACCUCUCCUACAAAUGCAGCUGUGGAUAACAUGGUGGAAAGGCUUUCAAACUUGGAGCUGAACAUUGUACGAGUUGGAAAUCCUGCUCGAAUAUCUGCGUCUGUUGCCUCAAAAUCUUUGGGGCAGAUUGUGAACGACAAGCUUGCAGUUUUUAAAAAGGAGUUUGAGAGGCGGAAGUCAGAUCUAAGGAAGGAUCUCAGGCAUUGCUUAAAGAAUGAUUCUCUAGCAGCUGGAAUACGUCAGCUUCUAAAACAGCUCGGGAAGACUUUGAAAAGGAAAGAAAGAGAUACGAUAAAGGAAGUGCUUUCAAGGUCUCAGGUUGUACUUUCUACUAAUACAGGUUGUGGCGAUCCUCUUAUUAGACGAUUGGACAGCUUUGAUUUGGUUGUUAUUGAUGAAGCAGGGCAGGCUAUUGAACCGUCCUGCUGGAUUCCAAUUUUGCAAGGAAAACGAUGCAUACUAGCUGGUGAUCAAUGCCAGCUUGCUCCAGUGGUUCUCUCUAAGAGUGCUAUGGAUGGUGGACUUGGCAUUUCUCUACUGGAGAGAGCAUCAGCUUUGCAUGAUGGUGUUCUGGUGACAAAACUAACCGUUCAAUAUCGAAUGCAUGAAGCAAUUUGCAGUUGGGCAUCAAAGGAGAUGUAUGGUGGAACGCUGGAGUCUUCUGCAUCAGUUGCCUCACAUCUUCUUGUUGAUUCCCCAUUUGUCAAGGUGACAUGGAUAACACAGUGUCCUCUGCUCUUACUUGAUACUCGAAUGCCUUAUGGCAGCUUAUAUGCUGGAUGCGAGGAACAUUUGGACCCGGCAGGUACAGGCUCCUUCUAUAAUGAAGGCGAAGCUGACAUAGUUGUGCAGCAUGUCUUCAAUCUAAUAUAUUCUGCUUUUUGGAAUGUAGGGGUCUCUCCAAAUGCCAUUGCUGUUCAAUCUCCAUAUAUUGCUCAAGUAAAACUUCUGAGGGAUAGACUAGAUACAUUUCCAGGAGCGACUGGUGUUGAAGUUGCAACAAUUGAUAGCUUUCAAGGACGGGAGGCUGAUGCUGUUAUUAUAUCCAUGGUGAGGUCAAAUACGCUGGGCGCUGUUGGAUUCCUUGGUGAUAGUCGGAGAAUGAAUGUAGCGAUAACAAGAGCACGCAAGCACGUUGCAGUUGUGUGUGAUAGUUCAACCAUAUGCCACAACUCUUUCUUAGCGAGGCUUCUGCGUCAUAUUCGACGUUUUGGCCGGGUAAAGCAUGCCGAGCCUGGAUCUUUUGGAGGAUUUGGAGUCAGCUGCAAUCCAAUGCUGCCUUCCAUUGGUUAAAACGAUGGUUUAUGCAUUCCUAUUGUUGAUCGUGUAAAUAAUCCUCCUAUUUUACAUUUUUUUUAUUAAUUGUUAAAAUGAUUAUUUAACGCCUUGAACGAAGUUCAGGCGACCACUACAUGAUCUGAUGUAAUGUGGAAAAUGAUGGAAUUUAUUAGUCUUGCUGUAGUUGAAUACAAGAUGGGAACUGAUUCAUUGCUUGGAUGCA